GAAUGUUACAAUGGAACAUUUGGACCUCGGUGUAAAUCACACUGUGGAAACUGUACAGAUAUGGAGGAUUGUGAUCACGUGACCGGAUAUUGUAAAGGAGGUUGUAAAGAUGGAUCAAAGGGAAAUAAAUGUGACACAGUUUGUCUUGAUGGCACCUAUGGUUCGAAUUGUACGGAAAAUUGUGGAAAGUGCAGAGGUCCCAAGAGUUGUGACAAGGUGUCAGGGUUUUGUUUGAAUGGCUGUGAGAAUGGAUAUUUCGGAGAAAAAUGCAUAUUACAAUGUCCCAAUGGAAAAUAUGGAUACAUGUGUAAUUCAUCCUGUGGAAAUUGCAAAGACAUAAGAGAUUGUGACCAUGAGACCGGAUAUUGCAAUGGAGGUUGUGCUGCAGGAUCAAUGGGCGUGAAAUGUGACGAAGAAUGUCCCUUUGGAUUUUACGGGGAGGAAUGUUCUGAACGUUGCAAUCUGUCUUGUGGUUAUAAAUCUGGACAGCAAAGUAUAUCAGAGGAGACAAACACCUUUAAACUUACUUCUGCAGAUGAAAACAAAGAUACCGUGUAUGCUUUGGGAGCUACACUGACACUUUCCUUGCUAGUGAAUAUUCUAUUUGCCGCAAUGUGCUUUAUUAGAUUUCUUUUGAAAAGAAAGGAUGAGAUUAACGGUAAACCAUCGCCGAUGUAUGUAAACGUAAGCGGAAGACUUAGACAAGACAAUCGACCUUCAGAAGAGAUGGAGUUGGACCAACAAAACGUGCAAUAUGAGGCUCUCGCGGCCCCUUCCCAGGAAAAUCAUUACGAUGCCUUACAAUAAAGAAUGCCUAAAAUUGACCACAUUGUAAAAUUAGUUACAUGUAUAAUUAAUAACAGCUAUAGACGAUUUUCUACAUCUUCAGCAGAGAACAACUGGAUUACAAAAUAUAUUAAGGAAUAAGCUUCUAUCGGAAACUUACAUUGAAAGUUAAU